GCCGCCGCGCCAGCGCCGAAGAGCGACGCGGGCAUCCAGCUUAAUGGACAACAACAACCUACCUUUGGGUUCCUGUUUGAUAUUGACGGAGUCUUGGUGCGUGGGAAGACACCUAUUCCUGCAGCAAGAAAAGCCUUCCAAAAACUACUCGGUUCUCAGGGAGAGUUUCUGGUGCCUGUUGUAUUUGUUACAAAUGCAGGGAACUGCCUUCGUCAGAAGAAAGCAGACCAGCUGUCUCAUAUUCUUGGAGUGCCUAUUUCACAGGACCAAGUCAUGAUGUCCCACAGUCCUUUGCGUAUGUUCAAACGUUACCAUGACAAAUGUGUUCUUGUGUCUGGACAAGGGCCACUUCUUGAUAUUGCUAAACAUCUUGGAUUUUGCCAGCCUAUUACAAUUGACAAACUGAGAGAAACCUAUCCACUGUUGGACAUGGUUGACCAUGACAGAAGACCUAAGAUUUUGCAUCGACCUCCAGUAGAACUCCCCAAGAUUGAGGCAAUUAUUUUGUUUGGUGAGCCGGUGAGAUGGGAAACCAACCUGCAGUUAAUAAUAGAUGUUCUUUUGACAAGCGGCUACCCUGGAAAACCUUAUCCUCGGGAAAUAUACCCACAUAUUCCUGUAUUGGCUUGUAAUAUGGAUCUAAUGUGGGCAUCUGAAGCCCAAUCGCCAAGGUUUGGGCAUGGAACAUUCAUGGUUUGUUUAGAAAAUAUUUACAAAAAGAUCACUGGCAAAGAAUUAAAAUAUGAAGCUUUGAUGGGAAAGCCUAGUGGACUCACUUACCAUUAUGCUGAGUACCUGAUCCGAACGCAAGCAGCUGCAAAGCAAUGGAAAAAACCAAUUCAAACACUAUAUGCUAUUGGAGAUAACCUGAUGACUGAUAUAUAUGGUGCUAAUCUUUACAACCGCUACCUUGAAGAGAACCGUUCAAGAAGAGGGUCCAAGGCACGUUUCCAGGCCAAAGCAGCUGGUGGCACAAGGUCUUCCACAAUCUCUCAGGAGGAAGAUCUUGAAAACAUGUGGGAAAACGAACUCUCUUCCGCUGUGGCCACAAGCUGUAGGUCUGUCCUUGUUUGCACUGGGGUGUACAACCCUCACACAGAGAUGCCCUUUGAUGCUAGGGAGAGCAUAACUGAGACUGUGUUUCAUGGGCACAGAGAUUUCAGGUUUGACCCUGCUUUAGUAGAACCAGACCACAUUGUGCCUGAUGUUGAUGCUGCUGUUGACUUAAUCUUCCAGUUGGAGAACUUUGCACCAAAGCAAAACUGCAGGACUGACUAACCGUUUCUUAACAACUGUACUGACUCUUAUAAAAAACAACCAGGGCACUUAGUAGCACAUUCAAACUAACGUAUUUUUGUUUGUGUCUGUGAUACCUCUAAUACACUCCUAUUUAUUCUAACAGCAUUUCCCUUGAUACAUGAGUUUCUCUGCUCUGAUUUCUUUUGAUGGACAUGUAUGAUUUUUUCCCCACAUCGCAACUUAAUUACCUAGCCCAGAAGUUUGAAUCGGAAAGUAGAAAGGAUAUGUGUGUCCACAUUCCCGCCCCCAACCAUCCAUACUUAAAAUAUUUGGCAAUAAACUCUUUACAAUGUUCCAGUGGGAAAGUUUAUUCCUCCUUAGCUGCUUUCUCUUGCUCCUAUUUCCAUCUGUCAACUCUGUUUUCCUCCCUUCGUUUUCUUUGUGGAGAGAAAAUACAGAGUCCUGGACGGUUUGCCAUUAAAAAAAUAUGUUUUGGGGCCCUUUUUGCUCAUCACAGAAAGUCUUGAAAGGGCCCUUAAAGUAGAAGCCACCAAGCAUAAAUGUGUGCAAAAGCCUUUGAAAUUGAUGGGAGUUGAGCAAGAGCAGUUAAGAUUUUGCUCAAGUCUCACUCAUUUUAAAGUCAUUUCUGACUGCAGUCAUUUCUGGUAGACUUUGCCCCUUCUGUAUAGCCUUCUUGUUUAUUCCGAGAUACACUGAAGUUCUAUUGUUAAUCACUCUGGUGUUUAUCCUGCACCAAACUGUAAAAUGUCAAGCAGCCAUUUGCCCUAAAGGUUUUAAGCUGAAACUCCAACCACAUCAGCAAUAACACAUGUUGUCUCAAAUAAACUGGUUGAGGUUCUUGCCCUGCACUCUCUGCUAAUUCUCAUCCGUUUGUUUUUUAGUGGUCAUGUUUCUCGUGGAUGUAAACUUUUAAAUAAUAACUUAUUUCACAUAUUAUUAAUUUUAUGAAACUUUCUUUUAAUUUCCCAAAAUUCUGUGUAGUAAAAUAUUUUCUUUGUAGGAAAACACACACAACCAAAUCUCUCUCUCUCUCUCUUUCUCUCUCUCUCUCAGUAAGGUUUCCAUCCAGUGCCAGUCAUUUGUGCAGUGUAGUUUUGGGUGGAUCUGUUGGAUCAGUCAAAAGGGCCUAGCUGGCCCCCAGCCCCUCCAAUGUUCCUCCCCACAAUGACCAGCUAAGUAUCUGUGGGUGGCCCCUAAGUAGGACAGGAAGGCAACAGCGCCUUCCUGCUUGUGUUUCCCAGCAGCUGGAGUUUGGAGAUACAUUCUAUUAGAAUAUUAUGCAGGCCAGUUACUAAGUCUUAGGGACUGUCUCUUUUGACAUGCUCGUUUAUUUAUGUUCCUAAAUUCUUAAAGCAAGACAUGAUUUAACUUUACAGAACCAGCUCACCACCACCAAAACAUGUUGUUUCCCACCACUUUACCUAAAACAGAUGUUACAAUAACUUGCCUGUAUUAUGCUUGACACCCACACCCCCUUCUCCUUUGAAAAUGGGUGUUGCACUGCCUCCUUCUCAUACUCAGGGAAGUAAACUGGCUUUAAGAAGCUAUACAUUGUUGGUAGAAAACCUGCAAUUUCACAUUGUUGUUUAAGAAGCUUUAAGUGAAUAGCCUCUGGAGACAUUAAUUUGUCAAGAAGAUGUAGAACGUUGGCUGUUAUGAGUCUUAGUUUGCCUGAGUUCUUACAAUUCCAUUCCCCAAAAUGUCAAUUCAAGCACAGAUAUUUGCCUCAUGUCUUUUGUAAUGAAGACUGGCCAGGGUUACAUGAAUGGACUUCACUUUGCUCUCCUUUCCCGUGUAUCCCCCAGAUUUCUUCAACACAAGCGCACAACUGUGUGGAGGAGAUUUUGAGGGAUCACAGAGAGGGGCUACAGGGAAAUGGAGGAGUCCUUUCUACCAACUCUAUUCCAGACAGACGGGGUAGACAGGUACACCAUGGGAUUUCAUCCAAACAAUUCUUUGCUGUUUUCUGCAAUUCCCCUCAUCGUCAUCUCUUGGUUCAACUAUCUUAGCUAGUUUCCUGCUUCUGAUCUUUUUACAGAACCAUAUAUUGUUGAACUGAAUAUUUAAUUCUAUUUUUUGCUAGCAUUUGUUUUGCUAAAUGUUGUUGUUUCUCCUCUUAGUUGAGCAAGAGCUCAGUUUUCUCAUGGAAACCCCUUCCUGCUUUCCAGUGUUCUUGAUUCUAUUUCUUAACCACGCCUGCAUUGCUCCUUGGACUUGGUGGAACCUUUUCUGAUCUGAGGAAUACAUUCAGCUGAGCUUCCCUUCACUGUAGUUUUCAAUAAACAGGAUAAAGAGAUGGCUUUUUCUACCAGCUUUCAUUUUAUGCAUCCUUCAUUUUUGAGGUUUUUCUGUUUUUGAAAUCAAAUGUGGUUGUUGGGUUUCCUGGUCAUUGUUCCAGUUCAGUUCAGGUUGGGGUGUCCCUUAAGUGUGGGCCAUCUCUCUCUGAUUAUUCUGAACAUCUGGAAAUUGUAGCCUGCCUUGCCAUGACUAGAACAUGUACUUUACCCAGUUUGUGGGUACCAAGCAAUAUCUUUCAUUAACUGCAAAAUAGCAUCUUCUAGAUUAUUUUGAAAGGCAACCUAUUUUCUUGUAUAUAUACCAGUUUCUUGGCCAACCACAUGAAAUUGCUGCUUCUGGACACUCUCAGGUUCACUCUCAGCUGUGCAAAAUACUUUACAUUCUCAGAGCAUCCGCUCCUGUGCUGCUCUGUUAAAGGGUAGUGUGUUUAGGUGGCCGCAAGACUCCCUAUUUUAUGACUAGGUCAAUGAGUACAGUUCAUAUGACUUGAUGUUUACAAAACUCUGAUCUCUGGAAUUCAAGAUUUAAUAAAACAGGCAUUGGCUCAUGUCCAAGGGUACUUAUAGUUCCAUUUUUACAAUGAGAUUACUUUUUGUAUGUACAUGUUUUAAUUUUUAUCGUUUGCUUUAUAAAAAAACAUGUGAACUAAUGUUCUGUUUAGUGCUAAGGAAUAGGGGAAAUCUGUUUAAAGCAAGGCAGCUUGUGACAUAGCUUAGGCUGCAGCACCAUGAGCAAAGUGGAAACCUUUGACGUUCUAGUAUUCCAGACUCCGGUUCCCAUAAUUGCAAGACACUGACCAUGCCAAGUGGGGCUUCUGGGAAGCUGAAGUCCACAAUCUCCACCUCUGCCUCCCCCCCGAAAAGUAAAUUUAAAAGCCAAAAUGUGUUGUUCCCAGUCCCUUAAAGACUUCCUGCCAGAAUCUUUGUUGAGGCUGUGUGAUGGGCUAUCUAGAAAAAGCCAUUGUCUUUUAUGCUGCUGCUGCUGCUGCUGCAAGACUCCUAACGGUAUGGUGGCAUCUUGCCUGUUUCUUCUGACCCAAAGGUUUGAGAGAAGAAAGGUUUUAGGGGAUAGGGACUAAAUCAAGGGACAUCAUGAGAAGACAAGACUCACUGGCAAAUACAGUGCUAGGAAAAGUGGAUAGCAGUAGGAAAAGAGGACGCCCUAACAUGAUAUGGGUUGGCUCAGGAAGCCACACUGCCUGCUCAGGUCCAUUUAACAGUAGGACAUUUGGAGGUCACAAAUUCACAGGUUUGUUACAAGGCCGAAACAAGUGGACAGUACAUCAUAGCAACUUACAGGUAGAUAGGUUGAGGGGCAGAAUUUGGUUCUUCAGCCCUUUGAACGGCAAGGAAGAUACAACUGCCACCCAGCGACUGAGCUGCUGAAGAUCUACACACAUGAAGGAAAGAUGCAGGGUCUGAUGCUAUCAGAUGUCAAAGUUGGCAGCUUAGUGGCACAGGGAGUAGACAUAAAAGAAGCCUUUGGCUUUUAGAGUUGUGUGGUACAGUGAAACUCCCUGAUAAAUGAAAAGGAGAAAUAACGGGGGGACACCAGCCCAGGUGGUUACCCUCAUACCUAAAAGUAAAGGCUUCUUCAGGGCCUUAAGAAACUCAAAAUAGCGUAAUAUAAUGUUAGUAAGGAAACACUGUUUACCAGGAUUCAGCAUUAGACUUCUGCUGAUGGGAAGAGUCCAAUGGAAGUGCAAGACAGAACGUCCUUACUUUUCCAGAGCACCCCCCGUACACCCCAAAACCAUUCCUUGGAGUGCUGGCAGUCCCUCCAUAGUUAAUGUUCAGGCAGCUUUUGAGGGCUGCGGGGUGGGGGGGCAGAGGAAUGGGAAAGGGGCUGCUAAUGUGCCACGGUUAAACCAGUGCUUUGGCAUUUAGAGUACUUAUUCCAUCAGAACUACCAUGCAAAACAAUAUGAGCUGCCAUAUUGCAGGUGGGGGCUCAGAUGGGCCUGCCUGAAGCUAACUUGCGAAUUUGUGGCUGAGAGAUGAACAAUGAGCUUACAAAAGACUAUUCCAGAUGUGAGAGCAAAGCCCACUUAUGUACUGUAAACUAGGAUAAAAAUUCAGUGUUUAGAAUGUGUAUGUUUUAAAUAAUUUGGGUGAGUGGUUUUUUUUGGGGGGGGGGAAACCCAUGGUAUUAGUAUAACUGUAUCUGGGUACCUUUUAAGAGAAGUAGACAUUCUACUGUAGCAUGUUAUAAUGGAAGUUUAUGUAUUAAAAGCUGUUAAAAACAAUAUCUCUUGGGACAUCUAUUACAAGUCUCGCUGCUGUCAUUAUACGGGUCUUUCCUUCAUUCAAAUACAGGUAAUAAAAACAUAAUACUACAAACCAAA